CCCAUAAUCACAAUUCUACUCACUUCUCUCAAAGGACCUAAACCUAAAAUCUCAAAUUCUCUCGACGGCGUCGCCGUUGCGUCGGAAAAUUCGGCCGUUCUCGGAAUCUCUCCGAUGAGAUUUUUGUCGGUGUGAUGUGGCACACACUUGCGGAGGAGCAGAGCCAACAUUUCGACCGCAUAUGCAAGUUUUGGGGCGAGGAUCCACCCAGGAUGGAGAGUGAAGCUAACGACAAUCAAGCGAAGCAAGAGCGAUUAAGGACAAGGUGGACCCCAGAGCUUGACAAGAUAUUUGCUGACAUAGUUGUGGAGCAGAUUCAACAAGGGAACAGGCCAAACAAUGUGUUUGACAAGAAAACAUGGAACCAAAUCCGAGAGGAGUUCAAUAGGCAGACCAAUCUCAGUUUCAACAACAAUCAAUUGAGGAAACAUCUUGAUGUUCUUCGCACGCGCUAUCACAAUCUUCAGUCGUCUUUUAUUCAAAACGACGUAUUGCAGGAGGAUCCUUGCUAUGUGGGCUUCGAUCUUUGGGAAGAUAUUGGGGCACAACCGAAGAUCGAACCAACAACAAAGACAAAGGAGAGUCCUAUUUACGAGCAACUAUGCAUAAUAUUUGCAGACUCGGGUGUCGACGGAAAAUACGCCCAAUCCAGCCACUACGAAGGACUGUGUCUUGACCCUUCAGGCCCCAAAACUCCACCGACAUCGAAACUACUCGAAUGCCAGGUGUCAUCCCCUCGAAACAUCAGCAAGAACACGGCCGAUAAUAAAAAGAGAAAAGCAGGGUCUCUGCCUGAAAGAAGCAACAGCAACUGGAACCAAGAAUUAGGGGAUGCAAUGGCGGGGGCAAUUAUGGAAAUGAUCGAUUCUUCGAAGCUAAGAAGAAGAUCCGCGGGGCCCACGGUGGACGAGAGAUUUACGAUCAGUAACUGUAUAAAAACAUUGGACGGAAUCGAAGGGGUCGAAGACAGCCUUUACUAUGCCGCGUUGGAUCUAUUCGAGAAUCCUAGUUUCAGGGAGACGUUCGUUUCUCUCAAGAGUAAUUCGGUAAGGUUGACUUGGUUGCAGGGGAAGUGUGGCAGCAAUGUGCCCAUGUGGCAGUUGACUCCUAGCUCUAGUGCAUAUCUUGGUGGCAAUAGUUUUUGAGUGAGAGGAUCAAGUUUAUAUAUAUAAUAUAUGUUUAACUGGUGAAAUGUACAGAAUCUUUUUUUUUUUUUUUUUCUUAAAUAGAGUUAUACAGAGGAGGUUUAUACAUUAAGGUUUUUUUUAUUAUUAUUAGUAAUUGUUAUGUAGAGAACAAAAGGAUCUUGAAAUUUAGAAGAUAACUUUUACCUAGUUAUUUUUUGGUGGUGUUAUCAU